GCCAGGUCACAAUGCGUAUAGGGUCAACACUCUCCACAGUGGGUGGGUUGAGUCACUCGUGAACUGGUUGAAUGGAGUUGUCUCAAACAGUUUCUAAACCAUCUACUAUUCACCUGCCCAUCUCCUCUUCCCAUCACACCURCCUUCCUCCUCCAGACCUCUAAGAUGAUCCGAGUUCACAACACCCAGUACUCCCUCUUCCUGCGCCAGGCAGAUGUCCUGCGUCGCUCGGGGACGCUGUGUGACGCUGUCAUCUCAGUGGAGAGCCAGGUGUUCAGGGCCCAUCGGCUGGUGCUGGCCUGCGCAAGCAAAACCCUGGAGCAUCAGCUCACCCUGCAGGCUGCAUACUCAGACCAGCCUGAUCGCCUCGACCAACCUUACCACUGUAGUCUGGAGCUCCUUUCUUCACACACCUUCCAGCAGGUCCUGGACUUUGCAUACACCGAGACCCUGGAGGUCCCUGUGGAUGAUCUGCCCCAGCUUCUGAGGGCCGCCAAGCUCCUGGAGAUGCAUUCCCUGGAGGAGCAGUGUCGCAGCCAGCUGAAGAGAAAUCGGGGGUGCCUGAGAAGAGAGAAGAGAGUUGAGAAAAUAAGAAGCAGCCCAUUCACUGAGGACCCCACUCUUCCUGACACGAGGGUAACUCCUCUGGUUCAUCACCCCACAGAGAAAAAGGCCAAAGCCACUCACACCCACACUAUUGACCACCACACCGCCUCCAUCCAGAGACAGUGUCAUCGCCACCACUGCUGCCACCAUCCAACCCCUCCCCCUCCUCCCCCAGCGGCGAGGGUCAUGUGGCACCAAGUCAACACCUGA